UCAACCCCGACAGGAAGUCAGGGUCGGUGGGAAGAAACGCGGCGAUUUCAACAUGAGCUUCCCAAGCAUCCUGCGUCUGUUCCCGGGAGGAAAAUGGAAAUAUUUUCAGGUUUCAAUGUGUCCAUCUCUGUACCAACCUCUUCUGUCCUGCUGUCAGAGGAAACCCAUAGCAGCAGUGAAGAAAACAGACUUUGUUUCAGUCACGUCGGAGGAGAACUUAAAGGACACUGGAAAAAGUUUGGAAAGCCUCUACUCUUCUGAAGAGAAAUCAUCGAUUUUGCAGGUGCUCAACACAGCAUCUGUGAAUGAACUUGCCGCUUUCACAUUUCUUCGAGGAAGGAAGUCUGUCAACAUUGUAAAGCACAGGGAAAAGCAUGGGCCUUUCCAAGAUUUAGAGAGCUUAAUGGAAGUGCCCUUGUUUCAGUAUAAAACUACAGUGAAAGUGUGUGACUCGAUUCUACAGCCAGUAUUGGAAACUAAAAAAAAAAGGAAAAGAACACCAGAAAACUGGUCAUUAGGAAAGGUUAUCAAACCAAGAAUAGACAAAAAGAAGCUUAAGGCAGCUAAUAGUAUUGUGUCUAUUGUUUUUGGCAAAGAAAAAAUUGCGUGGACUCAUCUUGACAGCAAACUAAUGGUUCUUGGCUGGCAACAAGGAAAUAACUUUAAACUGAUGAAAGAAACCUCCGUGCCAUCUGCGUAUCUAGAAACAAUUUCUUCAGUAGUUUCGGAAAUCCCUGCAGCAGAUUUCUAUAUUUUGGAAAAAAGAACAUUUUCUCUUCAGCAGACGGCUUUGUUUUCAGUUGCAUUACACUUCCAUAUCGUGGAGGCCAUGCUGUAUUCCUUGUUAAACAAAACGUUUGCUCAAGAUGGCCACCAUCGGGUGUUGAGCAUGAGCCGGAACGUGGUAGGGAAACACUUUGAUUUGAUGCUUGGAAACAUGCGGACUAGCGGCAUGGCUGUGGUCCAGCAGUUUCUCUCAGACUCUACACUGAAAGCAGAAUCCCGGGUGUCCUUUCCACCUGAGAGUGUGGUACGCUACAGAAGCAUGAUGGAGACUGACGGAAGAGAAAGAAAGGAAGAAUUGUGGGAUUCCCUGCUGCAAGCAGUGGCUUUUUAUGAACUCUUGGUGUUCAGCCCUCAUUCAUAAAGCUUUUCCUGGGUGCAAGAUGGCACAGGGCAGAGGCUCUUAAACCUUCUCCUGCUCACAGCAUAGUGUAGUGGAGAGAGCACUGGACUUGGAGUCUGAAAUCUCUGAGUUCAAGUCCUGCUAUGUACGCUUUUUCUCCAUGUGAGCCUGGGCAAGUUACCUCAGCUUCCCUAUCUGUAAAACCAGGGGGCUGGACUCCAUGGCCUCUAAUUCUAAGCCCUUCUACCUCUAAAUCGAUGGCCUUCUCUCAGCACACUGGCCACUUAAGUUGGCAACAAGAAACAUUUCUGAACCCGGGCCUUAGGAUUCCCCUCCUCUCCCACCCAUCAGUCCUCCAUCGGCCUGUCACCCUCUUCUUUAUUUUUUCAGGACUGGAUGUAGAAGAGGUGCCUUUGCGUCCGCCUCUGUGGAAAGGGAUAACACCCAACUUGGAAGGCUUUGGGUGGAGGCAAGGGGUCUGCAAGCUGCCUGGCAGAAACUCAUGGCCCCCUGCUUUGAGAACCAGCAGAUAUGAUCUCUGUUCGAGCCCCAGUUCUCCCAGCUGGGUGAUCUUGAGCAGUUCAGAGUAACUUCAAUGGCCUCAGGUUAGGGCCAGGAUCUUGUCUAUGUUGAGAGAAGAAAAAGGCAUAUGAGGAUCUCCAGGCCUGCCCUGUCAGAUUGCAGCUCAGGGAACUGAGAUCUAGACAGCUGAGGUGACAUUUGAUACCAGGUCAUCCAAAUCUAGUACAUCUAGUCUUUUUUCCCCUAUUCCACACUGACCCCAGAAAACUGGCUCAUUUGUAAAAUGACAGUGGGUUGGACUCGAUCAUCUCUAAAGGCCUUUCCAGGAGUAACAUUAAGAUUCUCAAUUAUCAUCAACUCUUACUAGCAGCAUUUCUAAAAUUGUGCAACUUAAUCACCUUUUGAUUUUUCAUGUCAAAGCUUGGGAGAAUGUGAUAAGCUGAAACUGGGACUUUUAGAUAUCUGGAUGGCUUGUACUUUUGUAGCAAUCAGCUAAAAAAUGUCAUCAGUUUUUAGAAUGCCUGCUAGGAGGUCGGUGCUAGAGUUACUGAGGUGCCUGCCAGCUCUCCUCCCCCUCCUGCCCUCUCAGGUAAUGGUGCCAGAACAGUGAGAAACAGACCAUAUCACCAUCCCCCUUGAAAGCUGUGCCAUAGAUAUUACACUACAGUUUGGCAAAUGAAAUGUAUUCCCAUUUAAUGUUUGUGAUUCUCCAGGAAAUAUUGGAAUAAUAAAAGCUCUUUUACUCUAGCGA